CUCGUUUCCACAGAAACUACAACCCAGGGUUUUUAUCAUUUAUGGCAGGCAUUUUCACCUGUUAGUCCCAGCCCCCAAAGGAUGGUUUUCGGCACCAAAUUUAACAGGAAGGGAGAAAAUGCAACGGAGCAGACCGGGAUUUGAACCUGGGCCCACUGAAUCUCUACCUAGAGAGAGAGAGAAAAAGAAUUCAAUGUUGCAUCUUUAAAACGCUUUAUUGCUAAGGAGAGAGCGAAGAAGAAUUCAAGCUGAAAUAUUACAUUGAGCGUUUCCAAAACAUGAUAUUUCAAGUCUAAACAAUAUCGAGAAGGCAUUGCGCAAAAAUCUCCAGAAUCCUCUUGUGCGGAUAGUAAACAGAUCUCUAGUUAUGGCAAGUGUUGAGACACCAAAUCUGGUUGAAGGAGGUAUUGAUGUUGGGAAAUCAAACCUUUCUCAGACUGACACGAAUCAAGAAAAUGAAAAUCCAAACAUACCUGCAACUACCUCACAGACUGCUGAAACUCAAGACAUACCACUGCAAGAAAUUGGAAAAGAGAAUUGUCAACGUCCUGCAGUGAAUGGUGCAUUUUCCAUGGAUGAUGAAAACAAACAAGAAAGCAUUCCACCAGUUACAUACCAUGACAUAAUUCCAGAGCUUCUGAUGAGAGCAGAGACAAAAGAUCAUGCUCCCCAGUACUCUCGGUUUGGAACACUGAUUGAGAGAGCAAAUGACUGGCUGAAGGAAAACCCGGGUCAGAUGCUGUGGAAAUGUGAGACUGUGAUAUUUAAACUCGGGACAGAUGAAAAUGUCAAUACUGAUGAUGUUUAUUUCAUGGAGUCUGCUUAUGGAACCAAUGUAUUCCUCAUGGGUCUGAGGCUAUGGCUUGUACCUAGACCCUCCCCAGACAUUCCAGUGGAACAAAUUGGUUACACAUCAGCUUUACCCGGACGGCAAACUGCAAUAAUGCAAGGACAAUAUGAAUCUUGUAUUAACGUGUCACAAGGGAUCAAGCUCACAGAGAUGCUUGGAAAUCUGAACAAACAGAUUAUGAAGAAUCCCUUGCCAGGAAACAUUUUGAAUGUGGAGACCAUGGUUUAUCGAAUUUCAACUGACUUUGGAGAACCGCUGGCAGUGGAUCCCGAUCAAACGUGCUGGGCUGAAAAUGGAGGAAAGGCUGCGGCCGCUAUCCAUGGCCUGAGGAUCUACUUCAUUAUUGGAAAGCCCCAAUACUGUACUAUUGGUUUCCAUGAUGAACAGCCAGACAUAUCUGAGAGCUCUUUUGGAUCAACAAUUAAGUUUUUGCCCUUCAGAAGGGUUGUUGCCAGAAUGGGCAUGUGGUUAAAGAAACAAAAGAACUUGAGAGUUUUGAAUCUACAAAGCAUCAGUGUGAAGUGUGUAAUGGACUCAAAAGGUUUUCUCAAAGUAGACCGAGAAGAGUGCACCACCCAGGAGCCAGCACACAUCGAGACAAGAUACUGCAAGAUCCUCCGGACAUUCUUCCAGGUCAACUCCACCAAAUCAGAUGAGGCCCCUUACAAGUCCCUUAAUCUGUCCACACGCCUCUUUGUCCCAGUCAGGGUGUACGGACGCGAUUUUGAAUCCUGGUCCAAGACUAUGAUGAGGCUGACAAAAUGGAUGAACUACACAAAGAUUCCUCCGUUUGGUGUUGAGACUGUAAAGUACCAGAUCUACAUAGAUGGCUACAACACGCCUGUUUUAGAGGAUAAAGUCGACACAUCCAUCAGGCGAAAUAUGGGGCGUUACCAACUUUCUACAAUCAGGAUGUACUUCCCUGCGGCGUAUGAGGAACCACCCACAGAAGUGGCCCCUGAGGUGGACACCGGUUAUUAUGCUUCGUGGGGAUGCUCCAUUUCAUAGAGUGACCAAUCAGAGACUUUGACCUGAAAACCUACCCGUCCAUCAAUCACUGUGGUGGCUGAACUUGUGACCGUUCUUCAGAAAAAAGAUUUCCAGUUUGUUAUUACUUGUAAUAUUUUAUGUGUUAUGAAUUAGAAAAUUUACACAUGGGUCUACACAAAUUGAGAACUUGUGAAAAUUGACUCACUGUUUCAUGUCAGUUCCCAUCUGUAUCACAGCGUUAGUUCACACAGAUUUGUAUGUGUAAGAAUUGACCAACCCCAGCCUUUCAGUUCCCCUUGUACUGCAGUUUCCAUAAUUGCAUGUUUGUUGAGUUUAUUUUCAAUCAAAUUGUGGUAAUGUUUAUGUAUUAAAUCAAGCAGUAUAUGGGAUACAAACUUACAAUCAAUUUUCAAAAUGUUUUUAUAUGUACAGUACUUAAUUUGUCAGUUACUAAAUAGAGUUUAGUUUAUUAUUUUGCCUUGUAAUGUUUAUAUUCAAUGUCAUAUAAAACUCCCAAGAUCGGGUAGUUUUACUUCACAGAAAUUGUGCAAUGAUGAGUGUUCAAUAUCAUGUCCAGUUAAUAUAAAUGAUAUUACAUUCCUUCCCAGUAGGUUGAGAAGGCCAUAUUGUGCAUAAUGAUAGUAUUUUCCACGAUCAUGUGUGAUGUUUAUUUCAUGAGAAUGUGAACUUUUCUGAUCUGUGUGCCACAUGCUGUCUUUGUAAUCAUCGGCUUUGUUAACUUUUUACAUUUUGGACCUCUUCUCCAGAACCAAUCAAACUUGGCACAAAUUAUCCUUAAAUAAAGGGGAUUCAUGGGUCAUUUUUUUGGCAGGGUGGAUGGGUUGUUUUGUUGGGUUUUUUUAUUUCAAAUGAAGGCAUAUCUCCUUUCCAAGGGGGAAAUAAGUUAGAAAUAGUGAUACUAGCUCCCAUUUUGGUGUCGAAAAUUUGUGUUGUAAAAUUGUAAUUACUAUUUAAUGAAAGAAAAAAAUCAGGUUUAUAAAAUUUUGUUAUCAAUAUAUGUGUUAGAAAACCUAUCCAGAGGCUCCGUAUGAAGCCAGAUUACAUUAUUGUCUUCCUGUACACAAUUUUCCCCCUUUAUAAUGCUAUAUACAUGUAUUCAAUAGAACCAAAAUCUUUAGUUUGAUAAAAUCUUCAAUUUCAUUUUAAUUUUAUCAAUGACUAUGGUUAGAGUUGCAUACAAAACUAUCAUAAUAGUACAAUUUUACAACGAAAUAAAAUUUUCCGAUUUAGAGCUACAACUUUAAAAAUGUCCCUAUGCACUAUAAAUUCAAAUUUCCUGAACAGGGUUCUGUAGAUCUCCACUCAUAUCAGUCUGAAUUAUUCAAUGAGCUCAGGUAAGCAUUGUGGCACAUGGUCCCCAUGACAUUACAUGUACUGUGUAUUACACAGAUUGUGAGAUUAGUGUCAAUCAUACCAUUUGACAUAAAUGUUAUUUAUCAACAACUACUUGGCCUAGGUUGAUUUUUGUUGUUUACAUUAUGUAUUUUUCUCUUUAUCCAACAUUUUAACUUUACAGAUUUUUAUAAUUUAUCUCUGUUUGUAGAUGUAUUUGAUAUUGUAAGUGAUGUUUACAAAACUGUGCAGAGUGCAGUAUGUGUAUCAGUACUAACACGAAAUGCAAAAGUUGAUAUUCAAUAAUUUAUUAAAUUAUUAAUAAUAUGUUAUUUUUCCGUCCAUAUCAUACUUAGUUUGAUGUGUAUAAUGAUCUGAUCUUCAUAUGUACAUUUUUCUUCACAUAAAUAAAAACAUUUUCCUUUUA